CUAAAGUAUUUAUUUUUUGAUUAAUAUCUUAAUUGUUUUUUGCAUGCAUUGCAGAGGAAGAUGCUGAUCAGAUGACUGAAAAGCCUCAUUAUGUGGAGUUGAAAAACUGCAUUUGUAAAGGGGAUUGGGAAGGCGUAAAGCGGUUUUUUGUUUUGCACAAUUAUCCACUAAAUACAUUAAUAAUAUCAGACGCUGGCUAUACUGCUCUUCAUGUUGCACUCAAGGUUGGGCAAGAUAAGAUCGCCGAGGAACUGUUAGAGAUGAUGUCGGAAGCAGAUCUGGAAACAAAGACAAUCCGGCAUGGUGGGACGGAUCUUUCCUUUGUUGCAAAACUGGGAAGAACACACUUGGCAAAAUGCAUAGUCCAAAAGAACAGCAGAUUACUUACCAUUGAAGAUAAAAGAGGCUAUAUUCCGGUUAGUCGCGCAUGUGCUGUAGGCCACAAGGAGAUGACAGAGUACCUUUAUUCUGUCACUCCACCUCAAGUCUUGCUAUCACAAAAUGGCAUUCACGGAUACCAUCUCAUCCGCUCGGGUAUUGCCAACAAAAUAUUAGGUACGUAAUUGUACAAUCAAACUUUUUUAUUUUAUGCAGUGUCUAAUUGUGUGUUAGGGAUCCAAAAUACAUGAGAGGAGUUAGU